AUGUAUUUUUGUAUGUGGCAUCACUGUUUUGUAAUCGAAGUGAAACGCGGCUUACGCAUACAGUCCCAGUCCAGUGCGCAAGAGUGUCGAUGGUGAACGUGUUUGGGACGUUGUGAUUGUGACAUUUAAAAUGUUAAUUAUAAAGCGUGUUUUGUUUUGCGCUUUCUUAUUAGCGGUGCUAUUUGAACCAAUAUUAGCGAAGAGAGGUUUCAGUGGCGGACAUAGUUAUCCAAAAUCUGGUGGUUUAUCGGGUGGAGGGCAUCGCUCGGGUGGACUAUCUGGUGGUGGACACGGAUAUCCCUCCUCCGGUAGUCACGGAUAUCCUUCAUCUGGCGUGCGUCCCCCUAGUCACGGAUACCCAUCUGGGGGUGGCUUGUCUGGCAGUGGAAGUAGUGGAGGAAGCCACGGAUAUCCUUCAAGUGGCGGCUUGUCUGGGAGCGGAAGCAGCGGAGGUAGCCAUGGAUAUCCUUCAGGUGGCGGCUUAUCCGGCAGCGGCGGUAACCAUGGGUAUCCAUCGUCCGGAGGCAGUCACAGCUAUCCGUCUUCAGGUGGCAGUCACAGCUAUCCAUCUUCAGGUGGCAGUCAUGGCUAUCCUUCAUCUGGCGGUGGUCUAUCAGGUAACAACAACAACAGGUACCCACAAAACAAACCUACCACGGUGCAUCACACGACGAAUGUUUACAACUACCACUACAGUCCACCGCAGCGUAUCUCGUACGCACCUCCCCACGGAGGACCACCCGUGAACUACCCCGUGUACCACGGCACUCCUCCGACUUACGUUUAUCAAUACAAAAAUUCAGGCAGUAAAUACGGUACGUUGUUGGCCGGUUUAGCGCUACUCAACCUUGGAACACUUGCUGGCGCCGCUUACGCACACAGCCGCACACAGCAAUACAAGCCUCAACCAGGCGAAGUGUGUAAAUUCGCUGUGAAAAAAGACAACGGUGAUUACGAGGAGACUAGAAUAGAUUGCCAGAUUAUAAGCAGUUUUAUCUUGGAAGAUCAAGCGCAACGUAGUACUGGGACUAAUUCAACUGUUUCGGUAGUCACUGUAACUAAUACGACUGUGACAAAUAGUACAAACAUGAUAGCAGCGAACCCGACCACACCGGCUCCGGUGCCUGUGCCCGGUAAUGUUUUAUAUGCGAUGUUGCCCAAUGGGACAUUGGUACCUGUGAACCAGACAGCUCCGCCUACUACAGCGAUUCCUUUGAAUGUGCCAAUGAAUGCCUCAGUGGGUGGUCUGGCUCCAAAUGGAACAUUAAUAACAACGUCAUCUGUAGUUACUACCACGACAAACACAACAGUAGUGAACGCUCUGGACGUUAAGGGAAAGCCUGUGCAAGUGACACCUGGAAUGCAGUGCUUCGUGAUUCGCACUAGUCCGACACAUAAUAUGAGAAAAUCCGUGCAAUGUGGUCUCUUACAGACAUACGCAGACAAGUCAAUACGUAAAAAUUCUGCCACUCGUAAUGGACCUAUGUUUACAACAAUAUUAGCAGCUGUUGUAGCAUUUUGUGUAGCCUAUUAAGUAUAAACACACCUUUGUUUUGUAAAUGUGAUUUGGUAUCGUGUAGUUACUAGAAGCACGGUAAUAGGUACUUAGUAUACUAGUAGUAUUACCGUGCUUCUAGUUAAGAUAUCGUAAACUACCUGCAAUGUAAAAAUAACUUUAUUUACCUUAUUGCAUUUUCUGCUUAAACAGCACUAAGAAUGAAAUGAUUGUAUUAAGAAUAUUAUGAUAAUUUAUUAAUUUUAUAAGAGACAUCAAUUUUAUAUUUUAGAAAUUCACACACAUAUUGAAAAAGUGUUUAUUUGUUUAGUAAUUUUUGAGGUCUUGACA